CUGUAGGAUGUGGAGAAGGUGUGCUGGACUGUUAGGUGAUGCAUCGUUUUACAGUUCUCAGGCUCAGCUAGUUGUUGCUUACUUGAGGAGCCUCAGCAGAUUUUUCAAGCAAAUCCUAACUAUGCGGAGAGCCAAGACUUCCGAACGUAAUAAUGCCGAAAUGCGUCAAUAGCACUUCAGUGCUGGGUGGAAGUAUCUCCUUCGUAGGGAGCAUGGACCUACAGCUCAAAUAAAAUGAGAUGAGAACAAUCAUGCAGAUGAUUCCGCUGUGGUUAUAAAGCAUCCAUCAAACCUGGUAUCUAUCACUCAGCAGUAACAUGCCACUGCAGCAGAUCUCAGUUGUCCCAGCAAGGGAAACCUCUAGUAAUGGAAGGAGCUCAACAGGCAGAAACAAAGAGAAGAACAAGGAUAUGGAGAAUGACAAGUCUCCCAGACGCUCAACAAGUCGAUCAAGUAACAUAUCAAAGGCGAGUAGUCCUACAACUGCAACAGCUCCCUGGAGCCAGUCACGCACAUCUGUCAGCCCGUCUACUCAGGACAUUUGCAGAUCUGCCCGUUAUGAAGAUGGUGACACAUAUUCAACUGUCAUGGCACUCAACAUUUUCAGCAGGGACUCUGGUAGGAAACAUAUAAAACGAAGAAUUAGGAAGCAAAGGAACCUAUGUGAAAGAUGUGAGGACUUAAACAACAAGCAUUCGGAAAAGCACCCCAAAUUUUUUUGUGCAAAAGCUAAUGGAUUCCGCAGGAAUUAUUCUGAUUCGUCGUCAGAUGAAGAUCACUGGGCUCAGAUCCGAAGGAGAAGUUCAGAAAGGACAAAGGCUUUCAGGAAAAGAAAGAGAAAGAUCAAAGACCACAAAGAACAAGAGAAGAUAUCUGACGCAGCUGUGCUGUCACUGGACUCUGAAAAGGAUUGGGGUGCGAUAAGUAUUGACCCAGUUUGUAACAGGAGUAAUGCAAUGUUCUACCGAGAAAGAGAUAGGAUGCUCCAUAACAAAGAAAUGGGGAUUUCAUUAUCUCCAAUAUCUUCCAUUGAUGGGAAGAAAUCCUCAAGUAAAUGUGUGCAAAACAAAAUAUCUAUAGAAAAGGGUUCUGAGAGUUCCUCCGCUGUUGAAGAUGAAUACGUCAUGAAAAUAUCCAGAGAGAAAAGCACGAGUGUAUUACCUCUGUGCAUGAUUGGAACAGCUAUUAAUUCUGAGCCCGGCGGGGGAGUUAGAGCUACCCAGUCUCAAACUGCAGAUGAAUGGCCUGAUGAUGGUGAAGUCUGCAGGAUCUGCCACUGUGAAGGAGAUGACGACAGUCCACUCAUCACACCUUGUCGCUGUACAGGGACACUCCGUUUCGUACACCAGGCCUGCCUGCACCAGUGGAUCAAGAGCUCUGACACGCGCUGCUGUGAACUCUGUAAAUACGAUUUCAUAAUGGAGACAAAACUCAAACCUCUGCGUAAGUGGGAAAAACUGCAGAUGUCAACAAGUGAGAGGAGGAAGAUUGUCUGCUCGGUCACAUUCCACAUCGUUGCCAUCACGUGCGUCGUGUGGUCCUUGUACGUUCUGAUAGAUCGGACCGCAGAGGAGAUCAAACAGGGUAAUGACAAUGGUGUUCUAGAAUGGCCGUUUUGGACAAAAUUGGUGGUUGUGGCCAUUGGAUUUACAGGAGGUCUUGUCUUCAUGUAUGUACAAUGUAAAGUCUACUUUCAGCUCUGGCGGAGAUUAAAAGCAUACAACAGGGUUAUCUUUGUACAGAACUGCCCAGACACUGGCAAGAAGACUGAUGACAGGAACACUUCAAAUAGUCAGAACUCUGACAACAAAGACAGCGUUACGGUGCCAGUGUCACAGACAGAAACGACCUUACAGAGAGCACCAGAGGUGCAGGUCGGUAUUCCUGAAGUUGCACCGGUGUGAUCCGUGUUUCUGAAGUUCAUUUGAAGAAUUGCACAUGUUUUUGGAAAUCAGUUCCCUUCAGAAAUAUCAGGACUAAGAAAUGAGCAGUUCGUGUCAGAAGCCUGCCGGAAGUACAGAUCAACAGAAAACCAGCAUGUCAGUCUUUGGAAAUGAACUAAGUAGUGGUGUGUUCAUUGUUGUUGGACAAGAUACACGUGGUAUUCAAAGAAUAUGUGCAAUGUCCUAAUUAGGGUUUUGUAGAGGAGAAGAACUUUUAACUUUAUGGCUUUAAAGGUAAAACAUUUUGGUAUUGUUAGGCUCUGUUUUGAAAUGUUAAUCUUCGAGAAACAGUCUUUCAACAUGUUACAGUGUUGACUUAACCAUAUAUAUGUUUAACCUAGACAGAGCAAAUUUUCCAAUGAAACGUGUUGCACAGAAUACGUUACCGAGCUGAUGAAGAAGAGUAAGAUUGGUAUUCUUUAUGCAUUUUAACACACCAAUAUCACCAUGACUUAAGUCAGCUUGGAACCCUUUAAGAACCACCCAACUUAAAAUUAUUAUUAAUAAAAUUAAAUCAUUGCGAUAUUUUAACUUUUAUCCAAGCAAAUAUUAAAUGUUGGUAAUAGUCUAACAAUGUGCUGAUUAUGGGGUCUGAGUCCAAACCAGGAAAACAAUUAAAAUCCUCCAAUAGGAAAUAGGAAAUCCUCUAUUAGGGAAUACUAUAAUUUAACAAUUUUUGAUUUACUAAGGUCACAGGAAGUUCAGGUGAACUAAAAAGCUUCAUCUUUAAUGCAAGAUGGAUGGACGUGGCUCUGUAUUUUAAAGGAAACCAGAUAUUAAUCAUCAUAAUUCUUAUGUGUCACCAUGAUAAUCUAUGAGUGCUAGCAAUUGAAGAGCCAAGAAAUGUUCUCUCCAUUAAUAGGGGGUCAUUGCAACAAAACAAUUACUCCCGCUGCUUUGGGAGAUAAACAGGGUAGAGUUGUAUUGCCCUACGGUUCUGAAACAGAUACCACAAUAUGGAACCUCCCAGAGGAUACAGAAUAAGCAAGGCUUAUGGUCAAACUUCAAUAACUAGCUAAAGUAUUUAUUUUAGUAAAGUUAAUUUUGAUGCUACAUGUUUCAUUCAUCAGUCACAUUAACCCUUUAUAGAGAGAAAAUUCAAAGACCUGAGCUUUUCAAGCAGCUGCCUGUGCACCACUAAUAAGUUUGCUUGGUUUGUAUUGCUAGGUGAAAUCAUGUCUUUCUAGAUAUGUCACAGGGUUUUUGUUUCCUAUGUUAAUAAUGCCAACUUCAAAUAUGCACCAAAAGACAACUUAUUUACAAAAAAGCCCAUUCUGCACUUACCAUUGUAACUUAUUAAAGUGGCCAUUGUUGGAGUGGGCCAGUGUUAGAAUGGUCCAGCUUUGGCUCAACAGACUUGAGCAAGCACAGAUGGAGGCUCUAAGUAAGUUUCAAGUAGUAAGUUUCUUUUUCUCUCUGUUAGUACAUAACUGAAAAUAUAUGUGGAGGUACUCGUAUGUUCUUUGUGUGAGAUGUGGGGACUCUCCCUGGUAAUCUGCAUGAAGUGCAUCGAGCUGAAGAUCCUUAGAGACUGUGUUAAGGAACUGGAGCUCCAGCUGGAUGACCUCCGGCUCAUACAGGAAAAUGAGGAGGUGCUAGAUAGGAACUAGGGGGAGGUAGUCACAUCUAACUUACAGGAGGCAGGUACCUGUAUAACUGUCAGGAGAGAGAAAGGGAGUAGGUGGCCAGUGCAGAGAAUCCUUGUCUCUCAACACUGCACAUCACAGCAUUAGAGUGGUUAUAGAUACACAAUAUUCAUUUAAAUCAUAUUUCACCUACAUUCACUUCAUUGAAGAAACAGAAAUCUGGACACUGGGUUUGCCAGUGUGGCUGGUACCCCUCAAGCACAGGCAGAGUAAAGAAUUCCCUUGGUAACUGGCAGCUUUCUCUUUUGGGGAGUGCUUUCCACUGCCACAGCAUUCAGGUGGCUGUGGAUGAUCAGAGGGAUAUCCUAACAAUGAACGCUGUAUUCUGGGAGACUGAGCUGCCAGAUGUUCUCCACAUCAAGCAACUUCCAGCCGUACCAUGUCUACAGAUUGUACAUACAAUGAGAGCUACACAAGUAGCAAAUUUAUUGCGGGAAGUGGCAGUCGGGCGUCUGAAUAUAGGGGGGUGGGGGUGAUAAAUGGCAAUAAACAGCCAGCAGGUGCAAAGCUUUGUCGUGGUAUGGUAUGUGCUGCAAAUUCUAGUGAUCAGCAGACACUGGAAGUUGUUAUCAGAGGAAGUGAAACAUGCAAAGCUGGAGGACAGAAAUGCUGGAUGAAGAACAACGGGAGCAAGAGGAACAGGACAGAAAUGCUGGAUGAAGAACAACGGGGGCAAGAGGAACAGGAGGAUAAAGUACUGAUCACAACGGUGAAAUUAAUAAAUCCCUGAUACAUCUACUGAAAUGGCUUACUGCAGCUGUGUUCACUGUUUCUCCACCUUGUCAGGUCACAAAAUGUACUGGGAAUUCUUUAGGGCCUGUGUUAUUGAUUAGUUUGAUGUGUGAAUUGCUUAAUGCUAUUUCAAAAGAAUUUUUGGCCAUUUUUAUAUUUUUUGCAAGUGAUUCAAUGAGGCAUUAGUUCCCUUGCCCAGAACGUGAAAUGAGAAAGUACAUUUUUAUAGAUGGUUUAAAAUGAUUCAGCUAUCAUGAAGUUGGGGGUUUUAGCCAAUAUAUAUGAGAUGAAUGUAGAAUGUGAAAAAGUUGUAUUUUUGAUAAUGCCUUUCCUCCCAUCCCCCAUCUAGGAACUGAAUGAUUUCACUGCUCAGACAUACCCUUUUGAUUACCAGAUUAUAAACAGAGAUUUCCUUUUAACUCCAACAUGAGUGAAUUGUGAACACUACAGCAUAGCAUCCUGACCAUAGCAUAGUCCUUCAUUCCAAUAAAACUUUCCAAGCUAUAGACCAUGGUUAUUGGGUUUAGACAACCGAAUGAUGAAGCUGCAUCACAAGAAGAUUUUGUUAAGUAAGUCAUUUCUCCAUAAAACAAUUAAUAUUACUUAAAACAAUAUACAAAGGGUGCACACCUGAUACUAUUGUGAGAUCUUUCAACAUUUUUUCCAGUUUUGGGAUUUGAUCAGUGUGUUUUUUAGCUCCUGACACAAAAAUCUUCAUCUUGUUCUUGCCGAUCUAAUAUUGAGAACGUUUGUCCGUCCCAUUUCUCUAUGUCACAACCAGAACUGACUUUGUGUAGUUUUUAUUUUGUCCAGUUCCUUAGAAAAAUGGGUAGAUUGUUUUGUGCAGUAAUUGUAUAUUUAAAACAGAAAAUCAUUGAAAAUAAUGAAAUUAUUUAAAAAUGUUUGUGCAAUAUAUUUAUAAAAUAA